AGUGUUAUUAUCUGGUGAGCAGAGCACCAAGAGAGAACCGCGUUUGGAGACCAGCUGGUAUGAUAAUUAGAGGCUUGUGAUUCGGUCCGGACAAACAGUUAAUUUAAAAAGUCGCUACUCUUACACACCCUUCGGCCAGUUACUGACCAGCAACCAAGCAGCAAAGAUGUCAAAAGUUGUCCGCAAGGCGAUUUUUACCGCUCUGGGCCCCAAGCCUUUGGCCCCAUACAGUCAAGCCAUUCAAGUCGAUAAUAUGGUCUACCUGUCUGGAAUGGUUGGGACGAGUGACCAAGGGUCUCUGGUUGAAGGUGGCGUUUCUGCAGAGGCCAAGCAAGCUCUGAUGCAUCUUGGAAAUGUCUUACAGGCUGCUGGCUCCUCUUUUGAAAGUGUCGUCAAGACCACUGUGCUACUGGCUGACUUGAAUGAUUUUGGAGUUGUAAAUGAAAUUUACAAGCAAUAUUUCAAGGAGCCGUAUCCUGCCCGCAUGGCUUACCAAGUCGCAAAGCUUCCUCUGGGCGCCAAAAUUGAGAUUGAUGCUAUAGCCAUCGUUGGCGAGGUGGAGCACGUCAAGGCCAACUUGUGAAUCCAAACAAAAAUAUUUGACAUUUUGCCCCCAUGUCACGUGAAUGCUAAUUAGCAUGUAAAACAUGCUAAUAAGUGAGUUCUGCAGAUCGCAAACAUGUUCAACAGGUAUUGUGAAAUAAAAAAAUGUAUGCAUUGAAAAU